AUGCGCAGGGCCGCGGAGCCGCCGUCCCCGGGCGGAGAGCGCGCGUCUGCCGGGCCGGGAGCGGGAGCGGGAGGCGGCACGGCCGCCCCACGGGGUCCCGCCGCCGCCGACACCCCCAUGGGAUCGGAGCGGACGGAGAUGCGCAAGCGGCAGAUGUCAACGACUCAGGAGACCCCGGGCGCGGCGCAGGCUCAGCACAGCGCAGGGAACCGCGGGCCCAAUGCCUGCUGCUUCUGCUGGUGCUGCUGCUGCAGCUGCUCCUGUCUUACUGUUAGAAAUCAGGACGAAGAGAGAGCAAGGAGAACAUCCCAUGAACUCCAAGCAGAGGGUAUUCCAAACUGUGAGGAAAGCCCCGCUCCUACUCUCGAAGAAGUAAAUGCUUGGGCUCAGUCAUUUGACAAGUUGAUGCUCACACCUGCUGGUCGAAAUGCUUUUCGUGAAUUUCUACGGACAGAAUUCAGUGAAGAAAACAUGCUUUUCUGGAUGGCCUGUGAGGAACUGAAACAGGAGUCCAACAAAAGUGUCAUUGAAGAAAAAGCAAGACUAAUUUAUGAGGAUUAUAUUUCUAUCCUUUCUCCUAAGGAGGUCAGCUUGGACUCCAGAGUAAGGGAAGUGAUUAACCGAAAUAUGCUGGAACCCUCACAGCAUACCUUCGAUGACGCACAGCUUCAAAUCUAUACCUUAAUGCACAGAGACUCCUACCCACGGUUUAUGAACUCUGCUAUUUAUAAGGACUUGCUUCGGUCCUUAUCUGAAAAAUCCAUCGAAGCAUAGGAUUUCUUUUUUUCUUAAAUGUAUUUAUUUUAAAACAAAUGGGACUCUGGGCUAUCCCGAUCAACAGGGAAUUUAGUAUUCAUUUACCUGAAAAUAACUCAGGCAAGUUUUACUACAGACUGAAAUGCUUGGAACCCGCACAAGGCUCUAAUAUGAUCAGCUAACUACGGUUUCUGAUCAAAUUAUGUGUUACUUUGCAAAAGAGAAUGAAGAAAAAACAUUUAUGUUCAAAAAAAGCAGUAUUUUUACAAUGCAGCAUACGACUUGGAUACAAGUCUCUUAUCAUGUAUAUCUGAAGUACUGAGCAUGAAAAGUAAUUUUAAGUGGACUGUCACAAUUUUCUUGCAAGUCAAACCAGUUGCUCCAUCUACACAAUGACCAAAGUAAAAACAGUUGUACUGUCAGUCUCUGGGUUCCAUGAGAACAAGUUUCACCACCUGUAUGAAUUGUGCUCGGCGCAGGUACCCCCCACUUGUCUUAUCUGAUGCGUAUACAGUGUGAUAUAAUGGAAAUCAGUACGGCGAUCUCAAGUUUCUGAAAACUGAUUGUUGAAAUCAUUAAUGCUGCCUAUAAAAACCUGUUGCUGAAAAAUUGUUAUUUUACUACUGGAGUCUGCUGAAAGCAUUUUUAAGUUCACAACUGUUCAUGUUUAUACCGUUAAAUUAUUUACUUAGCAGGAAGAAGAGUCUGGGGAUUGAAAUUCUCAAAUAAAGCACAAUUCUCACGUAUUUCUAUCUUCCCUCUGUAGGUAGAUGUCAAAAGUAUUUUGCUGUUCAUUCCUGAAAGAGUGGCACCGUCAGCCAUCUCGCUUUUGUACAUACUAAAUUGUCCUGUUCGCUGACAGAGCUUGUAAGGCUUAGGUAACAAAUACUCAUACCUUACACUGAGAAAAGAUGUAAGCCAGAACUAUCUCAUUCCAUAGCACUUUUUCAGACCAUCCAAAAGAAAAGCAACAGUUUUAUCAGCUAAUAAACUUAUGUUCGUUACACUACUCCCAAAGCAUUACACUACCCAUAAUUCUAGCAUCAUGAAAAGCAUGAAAAGAGCACUUUCAGAAAAAAAGAAACGGGAAUAGCAAAGCAGAAUUUAGGAUAUUAAUUUGUCUGCUCAGUGCACCAGGUAGGAGAUGUGAUCUCCCCUGACUGCAUUCACAUUAUCAAACAAAUAAGGAGCUUUUUCAUUGCAUAUGAUCCCAGGAGAACACCUAAUACAAGGUAAGUUUACAAUACCCGUGGACUAGUUUCUAUAGUCUCCUUCCAAAACUGAAACACAAUUCAACACACUAACUUAAAAACAAAAACAACAAAAAACCAUAAAACUAACCACCUUGAAAGACAGGAAAGCAAAGCACUUUCAUCCUCUAGUACAAAACUGGAUGACCUGGACCACCACGUCAAGAGGAAUCCCUUCUGUCUACUACUACUGCAGGCAAGGUCCAGUUAGGGAUUGCUGCUGUUUCAUCUAUGAACAUGAGUUAUCGCAACUGACUCUGGCAUAACCCCAAAGCACUACCUGUACAAUCUCAGAUACAUAAAGCAUAGCAUGGUAGGCAACAAAGGAUCAAACUGGAUCUGUUAGUAAGGCAGCAUUCAGGGGGAGCUUGCAGUCAAACUGAGAAUGCCAUCGGUGCUGUUUUAAUCAGACUGGGUAACACUGCUCUAAAACUCUAAGCUGACAAAGUUUAACUAGGUCAAAUUCUGCUUGCUGGAAAGAUCAGACACGCACAUCAAAAAAAGUUCAAAGUGUGUCAUUUCAUAAAAUGGACUGUUUCGUUUCUUUUAAGUUAUCUCCCUUCCCUGCAAAGAUACCUCAUUAAAAGCUGGAAGACAGGCUGAACGCUCAUACUUUACAGUAGACAAUGUAUUCUGUUAUCCUGUGAAACAAAAAAAAAAGAGAUACACUGAUGUUGAAGGGGAGACAAAAUGAUACUGGAUUGGGCAGCUCUCUGGCUAACAUUAGAGUACUAAAGGAAAAUGUAGCUAUUUCUAAACUUAUUUUCCAUUUGCCACAUCUAAGUAAUUAAAAUACUCAAGGCAAUUUUCAUUUUAUUUCUGCAUUACAGUGUGCUGAUAUUUAAAAUACUCAUCCUUCUUGGAAAACCUUAAUCCUUAAUGAUGUGUUUUAGAUUUAAGCUCAAAUUCGAUACUGGUCCCUAGGUACCCUGAAAGUAUCUCGUACAAAAUAAAUAAAUCACUUCUCCUUUAAACAACGUUAUUUUGAGGCUGUUCAAUGCUGGAUUUAAU